UCCCCUCGGCUCCCUCCGAAUAAACAAUGUGUUUAAUGCGGGAGUGUGAAACCUUUGGAAAGCAAAGUUCAGGUUCCCUGGUCCUAACCUACUCUCACCUCUCUUGUGUCUUUUUCUUUUCUUUCUCGCCUUCUUGCCUUGAAAUGGUUUCCCCACAUGGGGAUCUGGACCCUGGAUGACGUACAUAUGUACAUCAAGUAGUAGGGAUAGACAUGUGGUAUUCGAAACGAGAUAUAGUUCGCUGUGUGGAGCGGAGAGGGAGGGAGUGGGCGUUUGGAGGUUUUGGGCAAGGGAAUGAGUGGGAUGUAUGGCCUGGCUCAGGCUCAGGCUUGGGCUUGGGCUUGGGCUGGAUUGAGGUGAGUGUGUGGAGGUGUAGGGAUUCUUUAGGGAGGGAUCCAGCAUCGAUGUAUGACAUCGUAGGAUGUGUAGGUAAGAACAUGUAGUAAGUAAUCUUCGAUGCCUUGGUGUUGUUGUGCUCCAAGUAGAACUCAGUGCUCAUGUCAAAGGAUGACUCACUCCAUUACAAGACGGCAAGAGAGGGAAAGGGAGAUGAUGGCAUUGCCAUUUUUCUUUUUGCUCCCCAUUGCCUUCCCGACCGCCCACCCUCGAAACCCAAACCCCAAAAAGCAAAAAGAAAAAGAAGCCCAAGAAAAGACAUCCAAGGAAAAAAACAAAUCAUAAUCCCACGUGUAAACACCCAACUCAACUGCCGGGCGGGCACACGGCGUCCGCUCCAUCUAACCCAGACUCCACAGUCUGUCUCUUGUUUCGUUUCCCGCGUCGCCUUAGCAGGGAAACCCCAUGUUCUACAUACAUAUAUUCAUCACGCGUGGCUGUUUUUCCCUCCAUGCCUCUCACCUGUCCUUUGUUUUUAUUAUAGUGUGUCUGGAACGCUGACGUACAUGAUGCAAGUGUGCGUGCAUGCAUGCGUGUACGGAGCAAGUGGGGUGAAAGGAGGAGGCAUCGUCAAUCGCGUUCCCACGAUUAGCCCCAAAGCCCACAGAAAUAGAAAGAAGGUUUAA